GGCGCGAGCCGCGGCUCUGGAUGCCGGGGACCGGGCCGCAGCUGCGAGGCCAGAUUCAACCCCGCGGGCCUAGGGUCUGGAGAGGGAUCCGCGGGUGCAGGAGAAGGCGGGACAAGGGAUGCCUUUCAGCUGCGCUUUCUCUUGGCAUUCAUGAGGUUGCCUAGCUGCGCUUUAGAGAGAUUUGUAUUAGCUCGGAGUCCGUCUGACAAGUGAGGAAACUGAGGGCGAGAAUUUGAAGGCGUAGCCAUCUCCUGGGCCACGCAACCUGCUAAGGGAAGGCCGGGGACCAAAACCGCGGGGUCUGCAUUCCCAGGCCCGCUGGGGUCGAUGCGCGUGGGGAGCAAGAGCCCGGCUGCGUCCCCUGCACCCCACUGCACCCCUCGCCGCUGCAGGAGGCUCCUUGGAGGAGGAGCUCGGGACGCGGAGGAGGAGCCAGGGCAGACUCUGGGAGCUGGGACACGAUACUCCGGGAUAAGAGGCAGAGCCCGGGAGGAACCCCGUCAGCCGAGCGGGCAGAAAGCUCCGGGAGCAGCAUUAUGGAAGAGAAACAGAUUCUGUGCGUGGGACUAGUGGCGCUGGACAUCAUCAGUGUGAUGGACAAAUACCCGGAGGAGGACACGGACAGCAGGUGCUUGUCCCAGAGAUGGCAGCGUGGAGGCAACGCAUCCAACUCCUGCACUGUCCUCUCCCUGCUUGGAGCCCCCUGUGCCUUCAUGGGCUCGCUGGCCCCGGGCCACGUUGCUGACUUCCUGGUGGCUGACUUCAGGCAGCGGGGCGUGGACGUGUCUCAGGUGGCCUGGCAGAGUAGCGGGGAAGCCCCGUGCUCUUGCUGCAUCGUCAACAGCUCCAAUGGCUCCCGUACCAUUGUGCUCUACGACACGAACCUACCAGAUGUGUCUGCUAAAGACUUUGAGAAGGUUGACCUGACCCGGUUCAAGUGGAUCCACAUUGAGGGCCGGAAUGCAUUGGAGCAGGUGAAGAUGCUGCAGCGGAUAGAACAGCACAACGCCAGGCAGCCUCCGGAGCAGAAGAUCCAGGUGUCUGUGGAGGUGGAGAAGCCGCGAGAGGAGCUGUACCAGCUGUUAGGCUACGGAGACGUGGUGUUUGUCAGCAAAGAUGUGGCCAAGCACUUUGGGUUCCAGUCAGCGGAGGAGGCCCUGAGGGGCCUGUACGGUCGCGUGAGGAAGGGGGCUACGCUGGUCUGUGCCUGGGCUGAGGAGGGUGCCGAUGCCCUGGGCCCUGAUGGACGGCUGCUCCACUCCGACGCUUUCCCACCGCCCCAGGUGGUGGACACUCUGGGGGCCGGAGACACCUUCAACGCGUCCGUCAUCUUCAGCCUGUCCCAGGGUAUGCUUCUCUGGAGCUCUGAACCACCAAGGAAGAAGUUUGCCACGCUGAAAAGACCAUGUGGAGAGAGCACAGAGGGAUAGGGAUGCUUGAGGAGCCCCAGUUGCUCUAGCCUCCAGCUGCUCACUUCCCCACCCAAGGGCCAGGCAGGUGAGAGAGCACACCUGUAGAUCAUUCCAAGCCCCAGCCUUCGAGCUGCCCCAGCCAACACUGAUGGAGCAGAAUUGAGCUUGCCUUCCCAGCCCUACCCAGAAUGUACACUCAUAGGCAAAGUCAAUGUUAUUGUUUUCAGCCACUGAGUUUUAAGGUGAUUUGUCAAGUUGUCAUAAUGAUUACAACUGCCUUCUUGGCAGUCACACAGGGCCCUGCUCUCAAAAGGGCCCUGGGCUUAGUCUAAUGCUCUGCUGUCUCUGUCUUGAAAUUCUUAGUCUUAUUUUUGCACUGAGCCCUGAAAAGUAAGACCUGGUCCUGAACCCUGCCCACAUGAAUUACUUUUACUCUCCUCCUCUUGGCCCUAUGUCACAUGUGUGCAACUAUUCAGCAUGUGCAGUGGACAGAGGACAGAGCUAUGGAAACAGCCAGACCUAGGUUCAAAUCCCAGCUCCACCACAGACUGUCCCCGUGACCUCGGGUAGGUUAAUUACCCUCACUAAACUUAUCUGCAUAAUGGAGAUAAUAAUAGUAUUUACGUCACAGAGUUACAGUGAAUACUAAGUGGAUAAUGAAUUACUUAUUCUUGUCCCUGCCUCUGCUAUCUUCUCGAUUUAAAGAAUCCUCCACACGCAGAGUACGCUUCCUUUGCUGGAACCCCACUGCUCCAAAACCUUCAAUGGCUCCCUAUUUCCACUACAGUCCAGAGUCUUCGCCUGGACAUUUAAGGCCUUCUACAAUCAGAUAUCAAGUUACCAGUUUAGACUCAUCUUCCAGUGCUCCAUUAUACUAACACUCUGCUUCAAAGAGAGGGGUUACUGAAGUCUGCGGAAAUACUUUUCGUUUUCACUUUGCAGUGCUUUUGCCCAAGCUGUUCCACCCUUUACCUGGAACAUCCUGCGCCCUCCUGACAACCCUAGCACUCUGGUUGCAGCCCACUUCAGAAACAAAUAAUUGCAUGUGGACUUUUGGUGUCAUCUCAGUAAUAUUCUCCUAAGUCAUGCUUCCAAACGUGACAUUUUUAGUACAGGUAACUCACCUCUAUUAUUUAAAGGAAGUCAGGCUAAGGCACCUCAAGUAAUGUGUAAUGAGGUUGGUGUAAUGUGAUUUCUUCACACUUUCACAUUUCUAACUACAGUAUUUACAAAAGCUUUUAUGAGCAACAGA